AUGGAGUUGAAUCUGGUGAAAGCGCAACCCUUGCGGUCGGUGUACGUGCGGGCGGAUGUGUAUGGAAGCGUCAGGUUUGAAAUCGACAAAGUUGAAAUGAUUUGUCAUGCAUACAAUGGAUACCAGUUGGAAGCCCAAUUUCCAAGCGGCGCAUGACAAAUUUUCGGAGCUCUGGAAUCCAAUUUGUCAUGCUGUUUGGGCACAGAAGACUGCUUUUGUCAUGCUCCUCUAGCAGCUCUAUCCCAAACCCUAAAUAGGCUCACAAUCUGCCUCAUUUGCCAUCCCGGCAAGACAGGCAUUCCAUGCCUUGCAUUUUAGGCAUGAGAAAGCAUUUCAACUUUGACGAUUUCAAUCCUGACAGGUCCAUAAUGUGAAUGCGUUCGAGGCGGUGAUCGACCCCAGCAUCCGCGAGGUGUACAGCGACAACAAGUUUCACACCUCCACAAACGCGAAGAUGGUGGAACAAUACAUUCUGCAGUCGGGGUAUCCAAGAAAAAAACGUUGUUAGUGUAAAUUUGUGAUGCGCAACAUGCAAAGUAAUUGCGUCUGUCAUGCUUGGCAUGCAUCGUAGGGUCCAUUAAAGGGCGUUUUCACGUACUAUCUGCGCAUGACAGGUUUUUGCUGUCAUGCCAGACAAAUUUGUAAUGCUGUUCCUCCAAAGAAGUUACACCUACAAUGUUUUUUUCUUGGAUACGGGGGAGCAGAAGGGGUUCCAGACCCGGGACAAGGAAAUCCUGUGGAACAUGGAGAUCAACACGUUUCAAGUGCGCCACGAGGUGGCCAAGGAGUGGUCCUUUUUCGUCAGCGUCAUGGGCCUGUCGCACUCGCAGAAGGUGGCGGCCGACCACCUGCAGUUGGUCAACAGGUGGAGCGGCCGGAAAAUCAUAGUGAUAAUCGCCGACCACGGGUUCCGGGGUCAUGGGUACAGCAGAGUACCUGUUUUUUCAUGCACUUUGACUUUCUCUCGCAUAGGGUUAGGGAUCCGAUUGCAUGGAUCCGUGACUCCUUUUUCUCCAAAUGGCGCGGUGUCAUUUUUCCUGCCUCUUUUAACAUUUUCGCUUCGUUUCCUAAAGACAAAAAUUCACUUCACCGCAGCGCCCACGAGUUUUUCCAGAUAGCGAUUGCGUUGCAUACGCAGCUGGGCGCCAACGUGCUGAUGUUCGAAUCUCCACCGGAAUUCGAGCGGAAUGUGCGGGACUACGUGGAGAUUAUGCCCUCCAUCAUCCUGAAGAUCCUGGAUUUCUACCGCAUCCACAAAUUUGCCGCGUUCGGCCUCGGGUACGGGGGCGCAGUGGCGUUUCGGCUGUACAUGCUGGCCCCGGUUCGGUUUUCCUCCCAGGCACACGUGAUGAUCAACCCCAGGUUCCUAUCUUGAGUAAAAACGUACCCACACCAGAGUCAGGAUGGGGAUUUUGCAACACAAAACUAGGAGUUUUGUGAGUCACGCAUGACAAGUUUCAGUCCGUAAGGUAGUGCAAGUUAGCAAGGAAAGCCGCAUCACAAAUCGACCUGCUGAUCCUGUUUACAGCAUUACAAGUUCCCAAACACGAUUGAAAAUGCCUGUCAUGGGGUUGCGCAUCACAAAUGUUCCUGUCAUGGCAAAUCUGCAUGACAACUAUGGUGUGGGGACGUUUUUACACAGGAUAGUUCCCAGAGGGCGUGGAGCUCCCGGAGCGGUUCGACAUCGUGAAAACGAUGAAGCGGGUCGGGUUCGAACCCAGCCAGUUUUGGCUGAUCCGGUUGCAGCGGAAACUCGAUCAGGACGGGCUACCGAUAAAAUCCACCAGAAUAACGCACGAAAAAAGAAAGAUAUCGGACAAGGUGAGAAAGAGCCGUAGUAUCUAUGGAUAAGUAGCUACGGACUAGUCAACAUACAGGUGAACGUGGACAUCACUAUGAUUUGCAUUAGUUUCCACCAUGGCAGCUCGUUUGUCUUACACUUGCUUUUGAUGAUCUCUAGUACUGCUUUCAGCAGUGGAAAAAUUCGAAGGACCACAAAAACGUCGUCAAUUGAUUCAAACAACAGAUUCUCGAAGACAGUUUCCAGAGCCUGCUUCAGCGCGUUAUGCAGGAGAUCAAGGGGUUGAAGAAGCGCUCCCCCGACGAGGUGAGGACGAAAAAUGGAGCUUUUUUCGACGAGGUAAUUUUUUCCCAGGACAUCCACUACAAAAACAUGCACUGGUUCCGGAUGUUCCCCCACGACCCCCAGACGUUGUUGAUCCUCUUUUCCCGAAAAAUGACCAAGUGCCUGAUCACCUACUUUGUCGCGCAACGGUUUCCCUUCCAGCACGAGGUGAUCCCCAUGCCGGGGUCGGAGCUCGCGGCGGUGCAGGACAAGAAGGCACAGGAGGCGGAGGAGGAGGAGGACAGCCCCGGACAAAAGAAGGGAAAGAAGAAGCGCAAAAACGCGAACGCAUCCUUGCGAGAGAUGGGGAUCGGGGUCGGGGCGGCCGGCACGACCAGUGCGGGGUACUGUCGUGGCUUUUUUUUGGUGCCCUUAAUGUCACUGUGAAUCAGAAUCUGGUGGAUCAUGAUCUGCAUGGCAAGUAGAAUUCUUUCUGAUGCUCACAAUUUCAAACAGCUCACCGUCCGUCUCUUCCCCCGCAAUGAGUCUUGUCAAGGGUCAGGAUGGACAAAACAUAACCGCCAGCAGCGGUUCGGGUUUUGAAAAUAAUCUGAAAAAGGAGAUAAAAGCUGGUGAGGCCGCAACAUCCAAUGCCGCGGGGGACGCACAAGCGGCGGGUGAAAAUAGCAAAGCCGCGGAAGGUAGUACCAGUUUAACAGAGGCGCAACAGCCAACCCAGCCAGCAGAGGGAGACCCAGCUGCAUCCGCACCGGCCAAGGAAACCCUGCUCCCGCCCGUGGGGGAGUCACCAAAAGUUAAAGAAGCAACACCCGCGGGGGGCUUGGGUUUGAUAGACGAGGGCAGUGAGUUGAUACCUCUGGAGGGCGGGGGGACGAUUUCGUUGGCGGAGUUGCAGAGCCAGCAAGCGGCGGCUGCCGGGGAGGCGGAUACGCUGAUGUCCCUGUUUGGCGGGGAGCCAGGAUUGUCUCAGCAGUCGGAUGACGUUCCGAACAAGCUGCAGGUACUGAUUUAGGUUUUUCGUGAUCGGUCAUAGUACCAUUUCCUCUCCAGUGUGUACAUCAACUUGUUGAACAAGAGCGAGUUUCAUUUGUUCCAACACGACGUAAGUAUAUCAUUACAUCACUUCAGUCCUCCCUUCCCGCGAUCGGAGAAAAUUCCCCAGGCCACCAGCGACCCGGUAGUUCCCAAUCCCAGCAGCGUCCCGGCAGUUCUCAAUCCCAGCAAAGACCGGGCAGUGCACAAUCACAAAAGGACCGCCCGGGGUCCUCCCAGUCGCAAACCGCGAAGAACACGACGUCGACAAUAAUGCCCACCGCGGCGGAGGAGGAGCAGUCGAAGAAGGAGUUUGAAGCAAAGGCCGAGGAGGCGAAGGCCGAAUUGCGAAGGCUCGCGGCGGAGGACGCCCGGAAACAGGAGUCCACGGUGAACUUCGGGUUGAUCCGCGAAAUGGACGCGAUCGUGAACCGGCCCGAGGAACUGGGGUACAACUGCUUUGGCGAACUGGCCAGUCUCGCGAAAAUGCGGAAGGCGCAGGUGGGCCUGCCCGACCCGAACAAGCGGCCGGUGUUGAUCGGGAAGGAGAUCAACCCGCUGCGCAAGCUCCGGAUGGAGGAACGGCAGAACGAGAUCAUGCGGAAAAUGGCCGUGGGCGGGCUGGACGCCGAGGCGGAGGAGAAAAAGGAGCGGCAACGCGCGGUGAAGUACUCCGUGGACUUGUCGGCGAAGAACCUGGCGAUCUUGGAACGGGAAAACGUAUCAAAUGCAAAUAUGUCUGGGUCUGGAAAGUUGGAACUUGUAAUGCUGGCGUUACAUUCCUGCGAAAUCUGUAUUGCGUGACCAACAAAAGUGGCAGCCUCUCACGUCAUACAAAAACGCAGUCUCUCAUGCGGAGUUCGUAUGAGAAAGCGUUCUGUACACUUGUCAUGCGUUCUAGCAUAAAGGUGUCUUUUCAUCAUGCACAUUUUAGCAUCACAAAGUUCCAGACCCAGACAUUUUUGCAAUCCAUAAAACGAAGAUCUGUACAACAAGAAGCUGUUGGAGAUCGCGCAAUAUCCUGUGCAAAAGUAUCGUACUCGUAGUAAUUGCAUUUAUGCAUUACAAGUCUUUGUUUCAAGGUAAGUCAGCAUUACAAAUGCAAUUCUUGUAAUGCUGGGCGAGUCUGUAAUGCAAUUUAUACUAGUGCGAUGCUUUUGCAUUGCAUACGCAACAGGAGGAGGCACAGCUGGAAAAGGUCCGGAGACACGACCGCCGCGCGAUGGCCAGCUCCUUCACCGCGGGGCCGGGGCGGUCAAUCGCGAUGUCCUCCACGGUAAAAGGGGCGAGCCGGUUCGGCACGACGACCGCCGCGGAUCAAGGCAAGAAGAUGCAGGCCCUGAAGGACCUGCUCGCGCAGCCCGCCGUGGCGCCGGCCGAGGUGCUCGUCGGCCCGGAGGGCGCGGCGCCGGCCAUCGCGGGGAUCAUACCGGGGGGAAGGCAGCGGGUGGAGUUGGCGGCCCAGGUGCCGGUCAACGUGGAUUCGUUCGAAGACGAGAACGCGCUGGCGGAGGUGUACCGCAGUCGGUUGGCGGACGCGCAGCGAGCCACGGACAAGGAGGAGACGGACAAGGCAAAAAAGAUACGGCACGAGCAACAACACACGACAAGGUAUCUAUUAACGUCAGAAUCGCUUUUUUUUUCGUUCUGUCGUGGUCCAGAAGCAGAUGUCAUGACAUGAGAGCGUACGGAUCCGAAAUAACAUAUUUUGAAUAAAUUUGAAUCGCCCGCCGCCACUAUGCAUCAACAGCAGCAGUCGCUAUGUCUACGAUCAGAACCUCCUUUGAUCCAAAUUUCUACGCGCCAUUUGCAAGAGCGGGGCGCGUGUCCGCACAUUCUUGUGAGGAUUUCUUUUCAAAAAAUACGCCCUGGCUCAUCUAGUGGACGCAAAAGCGAAACAAUUCUGACCCUGUACUCAGCGGGUGCUUCUUCGAUCCAAUUUGUGGAGCACUCGUUCUCUUUGGGGUCAACAGCAUACAAUACACAUUCAUCUUUCUGCUUCUGCACUAAAUCACAGCGAAGGCGCUCAAUGAGUGCUCAUGUUCUGGAAUGUAAUACCGAAAGACAAAGAAACAACAAAAGAAGUAGGUCGUGCGCAAGAUAGAAAUCCAAAUCCCUGAAGAUCAUGCUACUAUACCAAAUAACAGGGAAAUGCGUCUGGUCGCGCUGAUGCAGCAGCGGAAGGAGAUGGAGGGGGUGAAGAAACUCUACGACGAGCAGCAGCGCGCAGUCAAGUACGGCGACCCAGAAACCCGGAAGAUGGAGGCGGUGCUGCAAAUGUCGCGGGAGGAAUUCGAAAACGACCAGGCAAAGCUGGAAGCGAGCUUGACGCGGCGACGGUAAGGACGCGGGGUUGAAGCGACGACCGAUGGCUCGAUGUACAAACAAACAAUGCAGGCAUGGUUACUGAUGGUCAACGCAAUUUUAGUACGCAGCUAUGACACUGUGAAAAUGGUUAUGGUAGAAUAUGGUUUCGAAUUCGAUACGAUAUAGAUGAAAUAUGGUAAAACUGUGAAUCGCAGACAGCGUUGCCCUGUCGCAGAGAACGGUUUCGAUAUGAAUCAAAAAGGUAUACAUGAACUUCUGAAAUGUACAUGUAAGAUUGACUUUGACUACUACCCAGUGACUGUAUCUGUACCCUGAAGAACCCUAGUACCCCUGAAUUGGCCUGAUCCUGAAUGUACGUGAGCAAUUUGCAGCCACUGCGCUUGUACGAUAAAAUGCGAAAAGAAAAUACGUCACUCACCACGGAAACGGACCCUGUACUGG